ACUGUAAAUUCUCUCGCCUAAUUACGUCUUCAUAAAACUGUAAAUUGUCACACAUUUUAAUUGGAAUGGAAAAUUAAGACUCCUGCACGUGCACGAAAACACGCAGUUGUAAAAGACGUGACACAAACAUUGUCUAUUUCAAAAUGCCGACGCGGUGCGCAUCAAACAUUUUAAGGAGUCCAUUAUGUUCGUUUAUAAUUCGGUGAUCUUUUGAAGCGUGUCAUUAACUGCACGUGCGAAUUUAGCGAGUAAAUCUUUUGUAUUUUAUGCAUUUCGAAGUAAAUAAAAUCCGAAAUUUUGUCUCGUCGGACAUUUCUUUUUAUAACAUCACGUGUGCAACGUUGUGAUAAUAUAUUCAUAAUUUCAUAGGAAUACGCAGGCAUAUAUGAUAGAUAUGGAAGACGCAAACUUGUUUGAAUACGAGUACACAAUGCCAGACAGUCCUGAGAGUAAUCGUCUUGUUAUCAACAUGGACGAUGGCGAUGCUUCCGGUGACGCAUGCUCAGUCAGCGAUGAGUUUAUACGUGAUGGAGCAACCGCGACGUCUUCUGGCGAUCCACUUCCGUCGUUUGAUACGUUCGGUCAAACUCCGUCAAUGUCACACAUAUCAUGCUGGUACAGUAUGCCUUCUACAUGUAACACUGAGCUUCGUUCUACGGUUGAAUCACCUCAUACUCAAAGUGCUAGCCAGUUAAUUGAAAGUUCUGGAAAUGGUCAAGAGAGUGUCUCGGUGGAGAAACAAGAAUCAGCAGAUCAAACUUUUUUCAUUGACAGUAUUCUUGGUCUUGAACAACAUUGUUACAAUCCACGUCACUCUACUCCAGCAAAAGAUGUCUACAAUACAUUCACUCACCAGACGACAGGAACCGGAAGUUCGCUUAAUUCAAACCAACUACAAACCGCCAAAAUCUCUACUAACGCACAUGUGUACAAACGUCAAGUUGACAAGCCUCCGUACAGCUACGUUGCUAUGGUUAUCGUCGCCAUCUUGAACUCGGAGGAGAAACAACUAACUCUUGCAGGGAUUCGUGAAAAACUUAUGGACAUGUUUCCAUUCUUCGGAGGCGAGUACAGUGGAUGGAAGAACAGUAUUCGUCAUGCUCUUUCAAACAGCAAGUGCUUCUAUAAGGUGGAGAAACGUAAUGAACUUGACACUACGACUGUGUUUGUGUGGAGAGUAAAUACCGAGUUUGUAAAACCUAACCACACGUUCAAUCGCUAUUCCAAGGGUCAUAAUUAUGAAAGCUACAAGUUAACACUUCAAGAGGAGCUUGGUCUGCCACCAUACGAACAUACAACAGGGGUUGGUCCUCUGAAUAAGGACGACAUACAGCUUCCACCAAAACCAUGUUUCCAGGCCGACUCUUUAUCACUUGCAGUUAAUGUGUCUGAUGACUUUCUUAACGCCAGAAAUGACUCUGUUCCAACGCCUCAAAGCACAGUUUCUGAUCUCGAUAGUGUUCUCAGUGUUUCUUCCAGUGCCAAGGACGUUAAACCGUCUCUUAAACGUAAACGUACCGAGGAUUAUCACUCCGCCCAGCAGACGACUUAUGCGAGUAAGAGACAGUACGUUCCCAUGGAGUAUCAAUACCCAUAUUACGGAUAUCAGCAGUCAAUGGAGGGUGUCCGUCCGUACGACCCAUACUUUGGCUAUUAUCCUACUACUAACUUCGCCAGUGGUCAUCAGUGGUCACAUGACUUGUACCAGUAUGGUAACCCACAGCAAACUAGUGUUCAGCCCUUAAGUAAUAACAAUGACGAUGUUACGUUAAGACAAUGGUGGUUCAAUCAGGCUUGCUAUCAAGGGAUGGUUCCCAGCAGCUUCCAGUCUGCGUCCUAUGCAAACAAUUGUGACUGGUACCCCCGUGCAGCUUUGGAUUUGACUAAAAUGGACAAGAAAAGUGAUAAAUAAAAAUGGUAUACUUGCUAGUAUUAUAAAUGAGAGACACAUGCUAGAGUAGCUAAUAUGCUGAAUAAACGUUUGUAUGAAGUAUAGUUUUAUGUGUACAUGGUAUGUAGUUGACACAAAAGACUUGGUCAAUUCGGUGCUAAUUUGUAAUAGUUCAUUUUUCUAUAAGAGGGUAAAUGACAAUGACUGGGAAAUGCAACGUUGUCGUAAUAUUGAUUCUGUUUGGUAGGUUUUAAUAAAGUCUUUAUAAAAUUCAUUUUGUUUCCAUGGAAACAAAAAAAAUGUGGAUUUAUUUAUUGUUGUCGUGUUGAUUUUGAACUGCAUUUCCUUAAUUGUGAAAAAACUAAAUUUAUUUUUUUCCACACUAGAACAAAAGAAAUAAAAAUGUUUUAUAUCCUUUACAACAAAAGAAAUUAAUUUAUUUAAAAGUUGUAAAACUGGUAUUGUAUGUCAACAUUAAUUUAAAUACAUGUAUCUAGAUUGUUAGAUAAGCGUAGCAAGUUGUAGAAAAACGAAAUUUAGCGGAAUGUCAUAAUGUGAUUAAGCUGUAGGCAUAGGAAAUAGAGAUCAAUAUAAUUGCACCUUUACUAAUCCUACCAGGUGUUCUGUAUUACAAAAGUGGAUCUAUUGUGACAUUUUGAUACAAGCAAAACUGUAUUAUCUGCACUAUUAUUUACCUACUGGUACUAUGUUUUAUUAUUGGCUAAUUAUUAUUUGGUUAAUUUUUUACCAUAUGUAAGUUGACAGAAUCAUAGGAACCAUGUCUUGAGGGGUAAAUCAAACACAAAUGAAUAAAUCCUUAAUGAUUUUGUUGUGCAAAAAAGUAUGAUAUUGUGUCUUAAACAGUUUUCAUUUUCCACUAAAUUGUGUAAUUGCAAGGGAAGUAAACUAAUAGAUCUCUACUUAUAAGUACUAGCCCAAGGCAAGAGUUGUCAUUCUUUGUGGAUCACAACUUUAAAUUAAAAAUUAAAACUUCUGUUAUUGAUAUUAACAAAGCUAUCAUAAACUUCACAUUUGUGAAAUCAUUUUUGGUUAUUUCAAGGACUUGGAAAUUAAUUUCUAGACUUUAUUUAAUGUAAUUCUAUCAUUGAAAAUUUUAGGGCCUAUCUCUAUAAGCUGUAUCUUUUAUUU